GCAUCCGGCCCGCGGUGCGCGCGCAGGUCGGUGCGUCAGUCGGGGGCGCGCUCGGGUAACCUGUACCCCACGUAGUCGCCGGUUACCGAUCGGACUAAGUUCCAGUGGUGAUUUGCAAGUCAACUUAAGAUGUCCCCAGAAGUGGCCUUGAACCGAAUUUCUCCAAUGCUCUCCCCAUUCAUAUCUAGUGUGGUUCGCAAUGGAAAAGUGGGACUGGACGCUACAAACUGUUUGAGGAUAACUGACUUGAAAUCUGGGUUGCCAAAGCCGAAGACUUCCUUCUCAGCUGAUGUUGAAUAUUGUUGGUUAAGCACAAACGUCAUUAUCAAGAAAACAGGAAGCUGUGUAGGAGAACGUGCCAAAUGCUGCACCUCAUUGACUCCUGGACCUAACUGUGACCGAUUUAAACUGCACAUACCGUAUGCUGGAGAGACAUUAAAAUGGGAUAUCAUUUUCAAUGCCCAAUACCCAGAGCUGCCCCCUGAUUUUAUCUUUGGAGAAGAUGCUGAAUUCCUUCCAGAUCCUUCGGCUUUGCACAACCUGGCCUCCUGGAAUCCUUCAAAUCCUGAAUGUCUGUUACUUGUGGUGAAGGAGCUUGUGCAACAGUAUCACCAGUUCCAAUGUAGCCGCCUCCGUGAGAGCUCCCGCCUCAUGUUUGAGUACCAGACGUUACUGGAAGAGCCGCAGUAUGGAGAGAACAUGGAAAUUUAUGCUGGGAAAAAAAACAACUGGACUGGUGAAUUUUCAGCUCGUUUCCUUUUGAAGUUGCCAGUGGAUUUCAGCAAUAUCCCCACCUACCUUCUCAAGGAUGUAAAUGAAGACCCUGGAGAAGACGUGGCCCUCCUUUCUGUCAGUUUUGAGGACACUGAAGCCACUCAGGUGUAUCCCAAGCUGUACUUGUCACCCCGAAUUGAACAUGCACUUGGCGGCUCCUCAGCUCUUCAUAUCCCAGCUUUCCCAGGAGGAGGAUGUCUCAUCGAUUAUGUGCCUCAAGUUUGCCACCUGCUCACCAACAAGGUGCAGUAUGUGAUCCAAGGAUACCACAAAAGGAGGGAAUAUAUCGCUGCCUUCCUCAGUCACUUCGGCACAGGCGUCGUGGAAUAUGAUGCAGAAGGCUUUACAAAGCUCACUCUGCUGCUGAUGUGGAAAGACUUCUGUUUUCUUGUGCACAUUGACCUGCCCCUGUUUUUCCCUCGAGACCAGCCAACUCUCACAUUUCAGUCCGUCUACCACUUUACCAGCAGUGGACAGCUUUAUUCCCAGGCCCAAAAAAAUUAUCCGUACAGCCCCAGAUGGGAUGGAAAUGAGAUGGCCAAAAGAGCAAAGGCUUAUUUCAAAACCUUUGUCCCUCAGUUCCAGGAGGCAGCGUUUGCCAAUGGAAAGCUCUAGGAAACACCAGCCUUGAGAAGUGGCCAGCCAGACUGCUCCGUCCACAUGCGUGUCAGCACAUAUGGCCGCUUCCUGGAAGCCGCUGGGAACGCCUUCGUGGCAGCGUUUUGCUCCCACAGCGGCUUUGCGCGCCCGCCUGGGACCCAGACUGAAGCUGGCCGGCGGCGAGCCGGCCCCCACCUCCGGCUGCUCCCUCUUUGUGUCCUUCGGUAUAUUUCUUAGCUGGAAGAAAUAAAAUCACGAAUUAUGACAAAGUAUUUUUCCGAGGAAAGGGAGACACACCACAAAUGCACACGCCCUUAUUCCAGGAAAGCCUUUGUCUCCGAGACCUUGUUUAAGUUUUAAGAUUAAACACCCCCCUUUGCUUCUA